AUGGCCGCGCCGAACAACCAAGAGCCCCAAUCAGUCUCGUCCCGAAUCACCAAGCCCAUCGAACAUGAUAAGCCUACGGCGUUUGACAUUGCCGGCCAAUAUGGCCCAUUUUUGGACUCCCUCAGAAUGACACCACAAGAACGCCAGUUUUUGCAAGAUUUACUGGCAGUCCCACAGUCCGAAAGCAUGGAAUCCAAGGGGUUGGAUGUUGUAAAGAGACAACAUCAAGAUACGAGCCAAACAUAUCGCGGUCUAAGUCAUAACGAGCGUUCUUCCACCUCUCGGGAAGCUCGAAUAUUCAACACUACGAGCAUCUUCAACGGACUGGAGCUAGGAGAAGCUAAGGUGAAAGUGUACGGCAAUGAGAUAGAUUCUGCUCCUGUAGCAGAAAAGAAAUACGAAGAUUUUCACGCCAAAGGCGCGUCUGGCUUCCAGCUCUACAUCAAAAGCAAAUUUGCAUCACCUGGGUGA